AUGGGAUUAAUUCAGCGAAUCAAAUUAAGCCCUCAAAUAAUAAUUAUUAAAAUUUACUUGCUUAAGCUGAAAACUCCAUUUUAAAAAAUUUUUAUAAUAAGAAAAUUAUUUCGUUUUCUAUUUUAAUUAAGGAUUUUCUUACAAUAUACUGUAUUUUCAAAAUAAGAAUAAUUAGAAGCAAAAGAACUUUAAUUAUGGAUGGAUCAUUCAUAAAUCACUUUAGAAUGGACUUAAGAAAACUCUUUCAAAAUAAAUGAAAUAUUAUUUUAGAGAAAUCAAAAGAUUUAGAAUAAAUUAUGA